GAAGCGGGUCCGUCCGCAAUCGGUUCCCCCGCGUCGCGGGCUCGGGCUCCGGCGCCAGCACCGCCACCGGGCGCGGGCGGCUCGGCCGGAUGAGCAAGGCGUGGCGGCGGGGCAGGGCGGAGGGCGGCGAGCACGGCGAGGAGGACGAUGCCGGCGGGCACGGCUCGCACAAGAAGAAGCACAAGAAGCACAAGAAGAAGCACAAGAAGAAGCACCACCACGAGCCCGCGGGGCCGCCCGCGCUCGAGGCGCCGGAGCCUGGAGCCGCCCUGCGGAAGCCGCAGCUCAAGCUCAAGAUCAAGCUCGGGGGGCAGAUCCUGGGCACCAAGAGCGUGCCGACCUUCACGGUGGUCCCCGAGGCGCCGCGCUCCCCCUCCCCGCUGAUGGUGGUGGAUGAGGAGGACGAGCCCACGGAGGGGGUGCCCAUCGAGCAGUACCGGGCCUGGCUGGAUGAGGACAGCAACCUGGACCCCUCACCCCUGCCAGACCUGGACUCAGAGAGUUGCUUCCCUGCCCGUGAAGAGGAGGAGGAGGAAGAAGAGCGCUGGCUCGAUGCCCUGGAGAAGGGUGAGCUGGACGACAACGGGGAGCUCAAGAAGGAGGUGGAUGAGUCCCUGCUGACGGCGAGACAGAAAGCCCUCCUGCACAAGCAGCAGAGCCAGCCGCUGCUGGAGCUGCCCAUGGGCUACAAGACGAAGGAGAUGACGGAGGAGAUGCUGGUGAAGCGCGAGGAGCGGGCCCGCAAGCGGCGCCUGCAGGCGGCCAAGAAGGCGGAGGAGAACAAGAACCAGACCAUCGAGCGCCUCACCAAGACCAACAAGGCCAAGGUGAAGACGCUGCGGGAGCGCAGGGCCAAGCAGGCGCCCUGCCCCGUCGUGCACUACUGCAACGCCGCCGACCGCAUCACCGUCUCCUUCCCGGCCGGCAUGGCCCUGCCGCUGCUGCCCGCGCCCGCCCCCGCCGCGCCGCCGCCCGCCCUCUGCGGGGUGAGCGGCUGCUCCAACCACAAGCGCUACUCCUGCUCCCGCACCGGGCUGCCGCUCUGCAGCCUGGCCUGCUACAAGAAGAACCUGCGGCUGCAGGAGGCCGCGGCCUAGCGCCGGCACCCACGGGACGGGGCCGGACGGGACCGGAGGCACGGGACAGGACUGGCGGCGGUGCCGGGGCUGGGACCGGGGGAAGCCCGGGGGGGUCCCUGGUGCUUCCCGGUGGUCCCCGUGCCCGGGGCCGGGGGGCGCCGGGGG